UUGUGCUCCACGGAGCACCGCACAGCAGCGGCGGCGGCUGUCGGCGUGCGGCGGGCGCCCGUGACAGCGGCGCCGCUCUGCUCGCGACCCCGGCUCCGGGCCGCUGCCGACCUCCUUGGCGCGGCCGCGUCGCCCAGCGGGAUGGGCGGCGAGGCGGGGUCCGCUGCGGCCGUGGGCUCCGAGGGCCGCGUGAAGAGCUUGGGUCUGGUGUUCGAGGACGAGCGCAAGGGCUGCUACUCGAGCGGCGAGACGGUGGCGGGGCACGUGCUGCUGGAGGCCGCCGAGCCGGUGUCCCUGCGCGCGCUGCGUCUGGAGGCCCACGGCCGCGCCACUGCUGCCUGGGGCCCGAGCGCUGGCGCCGCCGCCUCGGCCGCCCUGUCGGAGGUGGAGUACCUGAAUGUGCGCCUGAGCCUGCGCGAGCCCCCGGCCGGCGAAAGCAUCCUCUUAUUAGAGCCUGGAAAACAUGAAUUUCCGUUUAGCUUUCAACUUCCAUCUGAACCUUUGGUAACCUCGUUCACUGGGAAAUAUGGAAGUAUUCAGUACUGUGUGAGAGCGGUUUUGGAACGACCCAAGGUACCUGAUCAGAGUGUUAAACGGGAACUCCAGGUUGUAAGUCACAUCGAUGUCAACACGCCAGCGUUAUUAACCCCUGUAUUGAAAACUCAAGAGAAAAUGGUUGGCUGUUGGAUUUUCACUUCUGGUCCAGUCUCGCUGAGUGCCAAAAUUGAAAGGAAGGGCUACUGUAAUGGAGAAGCUAUUCCAAUCUAUGCAGAAAUUGAGAAUUGUUCCUCUCGUCUGAUUGUUCCUAAAGCUGCUAUUUUCCAAACCCAGACAUAUUUGGCUAGUGGGAAAAUAAAGACUGUCCGGCACAUGGUUGCCAAUGUGCGAGGAAACCACAUUGCUUCUGGGAGCACCGACAUAUGGAACGGGAAGACUCUGAAAAUUCCUCCUGUUACUCCAUCCAUCCUGGAUUGCUGCAUUAUCAGAGUAGACUAUUCCUUAGCUGUGUAUAUUCACAUUCCUGGUGCUAAAAAAUUGAUGCUUGAGCUGCCCUUAGUGAUUGGCACAAUUCCGUAUAAUGGUUUUGGCAGCAGAAACUCCAGCAUUGCCAGCCAGUUCAGUGUGGAUAUGAGCUGGUUGACGCUGACGCUGCCCGAACAGCCUGAAGCACCACCAAAUUACGCGGACGUGGUGUCAGAGGAAGAAUUCUCGAGACACGUUCCUCCGUACCCUCCACCCCCUGACUGUGAGGAGGAAGCGUGCUGCCCCGUGUUUGCCUGCAUACAGGAGUUCCGCUUUCAGCCCCCGCCUCUUUACUCAGAGGUUGAUCCACAUCCUAGCGAUGUAGAAGACACCCAGCCUGUUUCCUUCAUUCUCUGAACGUAUUCCAGAAAUCACUGUGUUCAUCAUCAAAUUAGAAUGUGGGUUCUUUCCUCCUGCCUUUUUGGGGAAGAAGGCGGGAUGAUGAACUCAAGAACAUAAGUGACCAUCAAGACCAAAGGUGACAGAAAUUAAAGAAUAUGGGAACUUUCCAGUGGGCCAACAGGAUUGUUGCACAAGUUUAUGAUAUCCCCAUAUGUCCCCUUUAAAUAAUGGGAUGUGAAGAUGUGAAAAGUCACAGAGUGUAAUGGAAGUCCUGAUGGUGAUAGAGUAAGUGAAGGGUGCGGGGCGCCUGCACUGACCCGAGAGAGAGGAAUCAGUGUAAAUAGUGGGAACACUAUGGGAGUAUACCUUUAAAAAGGGUUUCAAAGUGGAACAAAAGUAUCGUAAGCUUUAAGGCAGUACGGACUCAUAGGGAGGAGACUUGAUUUUGGAGAAGGUAGCAGCCCAAGGGUGUGCAUGAAGGGGAGGUGGCGUACUCCUGUCUGAGCGCCAUGUGAGACCCUUGGAUGUCGGAGUCCGUGUGACUUCUCACCACCUUCCUUCCGUAGGACCGAAGUCCUGGAAAGAAUCGGUUCCUGAGACUGUGGUCUUAUAAGGUCCGGUUUUCACUCCUUCAUUGGUAGUUUAAGAUGUAGUUUCUGAGUUGCCUAUACAGUAUUAUGAAACCACGAAAGAGUCCUUUGAAAGGCUUAUCAAUUCAGAGGGGAAAGAUGAAUUUCAAUAUGAAAACACAUGUUGAAAGCUGUAAUUUUUACCCCUUUAAGUACUUUAACAGGAUAAAUGUUUGGUUUUCCUCAUGUCUUAUUUACCUAUGAGCAUAUUAGAAAAAGAAGGGGAUAAAAAAAGGUUGCAUCCUCAGGAUGCCUUGAUAACUACACACAAAAAAACAACCAAAAAAAGCCUUUUUCUUCACCUACCUCUAGAGGGGUUAUCUGACAGGUUUUACAACUCCAGGCCUGACACAUCAUCUUUGGAGUUUCUGCUCAUUUGCAGUACAGACUCAUCUCACUAUCACUAAAUCUGAACCUGAACCAAGGGAGCAGUCUGUACAGUCAGCAUUAGACGGAACUUAAUGUCUGCACAUGAAAGGGUAUUUCAAAAUAGAUGCAAAAUCAAAAGAGGGUAGAAAUACCAUUUGAAAAAAGACACAAACUUAAUUCCUGCCAAGGGACUUGAGUCUGCUGAGGGCUGUCACUGCAUUGUGCUUUGUUAUUCCAGUUCUUUAGUAAUUCUAUUCAAACUGUGAUUUUGUUUAUUGUUUGGUGCAAUAUUUUAUUAUCGUUUAACCUCAGGAUAUUCAGACCAACAAGAUUGCGUUGCUGCUAAAAGACUGAGCAGUGUUUUGCUGUGCCCUCUCCCCUCUAGUCAUGGCCGCAGGUUCACUUGCUUUUCCUUUGAUCUGUUGGUUUCCUGAGCUGAGAGCGUAUCUGGACACUAAGUGGAAGGGAGGUAGGGAUUCCCACGGUGGACCGGCUGAGUACUCUGGUUUUUUCCGUGUCCUAAGGGUUUGAUCCAGAAACCUGGUGCUUCCAACGCUGUACUUCAUUCAGCAGAACGAUUAAUUUGUCUUUCAAUCAGUAUAUUCAGUUAGAAAUAGAAAAGUCCUUCUAAGGUUAAAUUUUGUAUUUAAAAAUUAGUUGGCCAUUUAAUCAGGGAUUUUUCUAUAGACAUUAGGUAAAUGUAUGCUUUUCGCCCUUCUGGACAUACCUUUCUUCUCUGUAAGCAUCGUAAGCAUUUCUUUCAUUGUCAGCCACUGUUUAAAAUCACAGGUCAAAACUGUUAUACGGAAUUGUGGUACGAAAGUUGUCACAAAACUUUACUCCCGGCUUUGGUUUUUUAUUUUGCUUUGUUUUUUAUGUGUUUUUAGACAGCUGUUUAUAUUUAAGUGCUGUCUAAACAGUUUUAUGUUUACUUUAAAAACCAUCAUCUUCAACUCCUUCUUGACUUCUAAGUUGUAGUUUACAUGCCUUGUCAAGACGCAGUCCAUCUCCAUGAUUCCAAAACAGACGGUGAGGAGGAAGAGAAGGUUUCGUUAUGGCUCCAUGUAGAAAAGCAGCUGCUUAGUGGAACCCUUCCCUGGGCUUGUUUGAUCGCCUGUGUUAGAGAAAUCAGGAUGUGUGCCCACAGCGGUGAGGGAAAGCUGCUUUUGUAGCACAGAAGAGAAUAGCUAAAAGGUCUGAUUUGCCUUGAAUUGGUAUUGGUGUGUCUGACCUUAAGCAGGCAGGUAGGAAACCGCAUACCUUCUUAUAAUCAAGAAAUGAUUUUAUGAAUGUAGAAAAUUCUACAUUGGAACAGAGAAUACUUGAAAAUGAAGGUAAAAAUUUAGCUGCUGUAUUUGCUUUUAUAUCCCCCUCUUGUUAGUUGGCAAAGAAACCGAGGCCUUAGAAUUUUCUUUUUGAUGCAAAAAGUUUGAAAUUGAAAAUGUGCAGCUUUUGGCACACACAAUCCUCCAUGGGCAGGACUUGUUAAUGUUUUCAUUUUGCACAAUAAGAAACUCACUAGGCAGAGGUUAUGUUUUUGAUAAGUUAACUAUGAAAACUUUUUUAUUUUUGUUAUUAAAAAUGUAACAAUUUAACCCACAGGAAAAAAAAAGAUUGUAUUUUGUACUCUUGUUUGAACCCUAUGGGUUCCUUUUGUUAAUAAAAUGAUUACACUGAU